CUCGUAAGCGAUAGAGCCACUGAGAGCCACGGACUGUCAUACAUAAGCAAGAUGGAGGAUCUCGCAGUCGAAGUAUGCGGCGAAAACGGAGCAUAUUAUAAGGCCUACGUAACGGAUAUAUUUGAUAAUGAAGUCUUGGUGGCAUUUGAUAAUGAUUGGCAGCCGGAAUCAAAGUUUCCUUUUGCUCAAGUUCGUUUACCGAUGAAAGAUGGACCAAAACCAGACUAUCAAGAAGGUCAAGAGAUUGAGGUCUAUUCACGUGCAAAUGAUCAGGAAGCUUGUGGUUGGUGGAGAGCGAUCAUUAAGAUGAUUAAAGGAGGAUUUCAAGUAGUAGAAUACCUAGGAUGGGAAUAUUCUUAUACAGAAAUAGUUGGCGCAGAGCGUAUUAGAAUGAAAAAUACAAAUCCACCAAUCGACAAGAAUACUUUCCACAAAAUUGAAAUCGAUGUACCUGAAGAACUAAGAGAAUUCGCUAAAAUGGACAAUGUACACAAACAAUUUCAACAAGCGAUAGGGGCAGCAAUUUGUCGAUACGUUCCGGAAAGAGGAGUUCUUUUAGCUAUUUCUCGUAAUGAAAGUAUCCGCCGACAUAGUACGAUGAUACAAGAAAUGCACUUUCGUAACCUUUCACAAAAGGUUUUGUUACUUAAGAGAACAGAAGAAGCAGCUCGUCAACUAGAAUCGACAAAAUUACAAACCGUUGGCGGCAAAUUUCGAUGUGUCUCAGAGUUUGAGGCAGGAGCAAGAGCUAAUUCAAGAUAUUCAGAUGAAUUCAGUGUUCGAGAAGAUCUAAUGGGUCUAGCUAUCGGCGCACACGGAGCUAACAUCCAACAGGCACGAAAAGUUGAAGGAAUUACUAACAUUGAGUUAGAAGAAAAUUCGUGUACAUUUAAAAUCUACGGAGAGACCCAUGAAGCAGUGAAAAAGGCUCGAUCGAUAUUAGAAUAUAGUGAAGAAUCAAUACAAGUUCCUCGAGUUCUUGUAGGAAAAGUAAUCGGAAAAAAUGGACGUAUAAUUCAAGAAAUAGUUGAUAAAAGUGGUGUUAUAACAUCUGGCUCGAGUGGGAAUAUACAUACUGAUAGAGUACGAGUAAAAAUUGAAGGAGACAAUGAACCGGAGCCAACAAUUCCUCGAGAAGAAGGACAAGUUCCUUUUGUUUUCGUUGGUACUGUUGAAAGUAUCGCAAAUGCUAAAGUACUGCUGGAAUAUCAUUUAGCACACCUUAAAGAGGUUGAACAGCUAAGACAAGAAAAAUUAGAAAUUGAUCAACAAUUAAGGAGUAUGCAUGGUUCAACGACUGGCCCAAUGCCCAGUUUUCCACCAACAAGGCGCGGGGUUUCGUCUAAUCUAGAAGAAGGUGGAGGAGGACGUGGAGGUCGAGGUGGACAAUCACGUGGAGGACGUGGUCGUGGACGUGCCACAACUCGUCAUAGUACAGUGAAUUCUCGUUAUACGUUAGGUUCACGCAGAGACAAUGCGGACGGUCGUGAUGAAGAUCGUAUAAGAGACUUACCACCACGCGGAGGUCAUCAGAGUCAUCAAGGAGGUCACCAAGGCGGUAAUAAUUCUGGGUACAUGAGUGGAAGACAAAUGCGACCACCAGUGCCUAGACGUGAUCGAAGAGACGAUAGACGUCGUACAACAGAUGAUGAAGAAACCGUUCUGGAUAGCCAAGAUGUAUCCAGUGUUGACAGAGAAUCGGUAUCGAGUGCCGAAGGCAAGUCUAGAGGAAACAGAAGGAGGCAAAUACGUUCAAAACGACGAAGUGCUACACCCGAUAGCAGUAUUAGAGGUGGAAAUUCAUGUACAGGUGAACAAUCUUCAGCAGGAAGUAAAGAAGGAACGCCAUCAAAUGACAUAAUUGUGUCAAACAGCAGUGGACAACAAGGUGGGCCAAAAGGCCAACGUGAUCGUCGAAACACUCACUGGCGAGCGCCUUCGAAUAAUAAACCUAAAGAGACUCUGGUAAAUGGCACCAGUGGCUAGAAUAAAUAUCUUGAACAUAACGUAAACUCGAAUUAAAAUUGAAAGAAAAAAAAGUUGACGUAAGUGAAAGAUAUUUUACAACUGAGAAACAUUUAUAUUACCUUCGAUUUUGAAAACAAAAUAUUAUUGAAUAAAGAAAUAAUCAUAAGCUUAUGAACAGCUAAGCUUUCUAUCUAACAUAAUUAUGACACAUUAACCAAUUUAUUAAAGACUCAUGAAAUUUUGAAGUGCGUUGUCUUAAUAAUUUAAAAAACUUCAUUAUUCUAAUGUAAUAAUGAAAAGAAAAAUUUAGUUAUCUACUAAUUGUUUGUUUAAGACUGCUAUGAAUUAUUCAAAGUAACAAUGACAUUUUUUUUUUGCUAAUUAUUAUUAAUUUUAUAGUUCUUUCUUUACCGGUUCUGUUAAACAAUUGGAAUGUAGAUAAUUUAAAUAAAAAUACACGAUAUUAUUAUACAGGAAGUGUAUAUUAUAAACAAAUUUAUCAGAUAACUCGUAUUAUUGUCAUUAUGUUGCAUGGUUCGUUUAAAUGCAAAAAAAUAAAUGAUAAAAAUUUUUCCGAAUGGAUAUAAUAAAUUACUUAGUAAUUUGUAAUUAUCAACAAUAAUAAGUAAUUCAUGUAAUCUCGUGAUGGAUACACUAUUGGAACGUUUUUUUUUUAAUAAAAAUAACGAAAACUGUAAAAAAAACAAUAAAAUCAUAAGAAACGAAAAAAAUAAAUCAACAACUUUUUUCGCAAAUAAAGGAAUAAUUACGAUAUGUAUACACUAUUACAAAAUAACGUGAAAAUAGUGAUAAUAGAUCCUGCUUACCCGGAUUGUGAAACUGUGCCUCAUGUUUUGUGUAAAAAAAAGGAUAGGAGAAGCUAAACAAAAAAAGAAAAAUUUUAUAAUCAAUCAAUUCAUUAUUAUAAGCAAAAAUUUGAACGAUAAUAGCAGUUGGUUGACCAUAAAUUUGAAUAAUUAUUUUGAACAAUACGUAAAGCCAUCUUACUACUAUAACUACCCAACGAUGUUUUUUUUCUUUCUAUUGUGUUGUUAUUACUAUUACUAUUAGUAUUAUUACAAUUAUUUGGUUUUUUUAGUAUUUUGAUUAUUAAAACGUACAUUAAGCUGAUUUGUGUUGAAAAAUUUCUCGUUAGGUUCCAUUUUUUUAUUUUUAUUAAUUAUUCGAAAAUAAGUUUAAAUGUUCAUUAUAAGCAGAUAAUGUUUUAACGUCAUCAUUCAGAAUAAAUAUGAAAACAACCAAAUUUAUUUAAGUAAAUCGAAAUUAAUUAUUUAAUUAAACUAAUUAGAGAAAAUGAACGAAAAAAAAAUAAUAAAUUCAUGUUUUGAAAAUAUCUUAACUGGAGAAAAUACUGACUUAGAGUAUUACCUUUAUUGCUAUAUACAAAUACUUAGUCACAGCGAAAAAAAAAGCAAAAAAAAAAACAAAAAAAAGUUACAUAUUAAACAAGAAAGUUAUCAUUAAAUACUGAUUGAAAAAAACAGGCUUGAUAAUGUAAACAUUACAAUAAACGUAAAAAUUGAUGUCAUGAGCGUAAAAUAACUUAGCAAAAUCAGUAUACUAAGCGGUACAAUGAAGGGUAAUGGUUUUUAAACAUGGAAAUUAUAACGGAUAGUGAAAUUUAUCAAUAAUUUUAAAUUGUUAUUAUUUAUUUAUAAAAUAAUGAUUAACCAUCAUAAUGAUGAUGUUAUAUACAGUUUAAAAUUAUUGACUCAAGAUUUGUAAUGCACCAUUAUCUUCCAGAAAUGACAAAUUCUAUCGGAUGUGUCCUCAAUAAAAUGAAGGAAAUCAAUGAUAUAAUUAAUCAUAACAAUAAAGGGAAUGACAGUAUGAGGUUUUACAUAUAUUUUUAUGCAUAUACAUUAGCAUAUAUGCAUACGCAUGUAUGUAAAACAUCCCUUAUGAAGAAAUAAGCUAAUGAUGGUCCAUUAUCGACAAUUACAUACUGUUGCUACUACUACUACUAUACUACUACUUUACUACUACUAUAUUACUACUACCUAGUACUUUUACCAUUUUCACCACUUAAAAAACAAGAAUAAGGAAAAAAAUGUAUUUUGACAUCUCGAGGGAAAUAAAAGAAUCAUCAAAUAUCAAAUAUUGUCAAUAAAAACUACAUUAGCUGCCGAUGACACGUAAUUAUAUAAAUAAUAUUUAUAUUAAAAACAAAAUAAUCGUGACGCGCAGUUAUUUAAUAUGACAAAUACUUGGAAUAAAAUUUAAAAAAUACUACUGAGAUAUCCCCCAACUUGCUUGUUUUCAGAUACAUUUGUAUUGAUUGCAAUUGUGCGUAAUAAGAAAUAAAACAUUUCUGUACAUA